GACUUGACUUUACUGUUUUUUAUUGAUAAAAAUGAAACUGAUUUGGAUUUGUGUUCUCUUUGUGGCUGUUACGUAUGCAAAUGAAAAUAAUGAUCCUAUCGUGAAUGAUUCAAAUGUCGAAUACAAUGGGAAAUUCCACUCCAUGGUUUGGCUUCGUGAUGGCUCGAUGUCAUCGCAGGAAGGCAAACUCAAGGAAGUACAUGCCAAUCAAUAUGGCGAGUCUAUAAACGGCUAUUACUCGUUUAUAUCAGAUGAUGGACAGGAAUAUAAAGUCAGCUAUACAGCCGAUGAGAAUGGAUUUCGGCCAGUCGGUGCACAUUUGCCCACCCCACCGCCAACUCCAGAGUCAGUGCUCAAAUCUCUAAAAUACAUAAACGACCAUCCCCCGAAAUCCACUGAGCAAUAUAAUUAGAUGGAACUGGAAACAUGUCAUCCACACGAGUAUAUGUGAUUAUUAAUAUAAAUUCAAACAACUGUGAACCAAAAGAACUGAGCAAGUCAAUAUAACUGAUUAACAAAAUAUACACAAUAUUAGCAAAUUCAA